AGAUCAACAAGUGUGUUUCCAAUCAGAGUUUUCUCUAGAUCAAAAACAUUAAAAAAAAUUAGAGUUUUCUCUUCUUUCUUCUUUCUGUCUCCAAACAAGCUUCAAAGACCAUGGCUUCCGGAGCGGGCAAAUCUGCAGCGUUCGUUCUCUUAAUCCUCAAUAUGAUACUGUACCUCAUUGUCAUCGCAAUCACCGGGUGGGCUGUCAAUCAUGCCAUCGUAUAUUCUCGCGAAACAGCAUCUGUAUUGCCAAUCCCAGCUCGGAUUUUUCCAAUAUAUUUUCCAUUUGGAAAUAUGGCCACCGGUGUCUUCGUGAUUUUCUCUCUCAUUGCCGGCGUUGUGGGCUUCUUCACCUGCAUCACCGGUAUUGUUGAUGUAAUCCAGUGGACUCUUCCUCACUUGCAUUCAGCUGCAGCCUCUUCUCUUAUAACAUGGUCGCUUACUCUACUUGCCACGGGAUUCGCAUGCAAAGAGAUUAAUAUAGGCUGGACAGGUUCAAACUUGCGGAGUUUGGAAAUCAUUAUGAUAUUUUUGAGUGCUACACAAUUGUUUUGCAUGGGAGCUAUCCAUGCAGGGGUUGAAGAUGUUGCUACCAGACAGAGGAUGCGCGGAGGAAUGUUUUGAGCUUCAAAUUAAUAUAAUUUCCACUUAUGAUGUUUAUAGCUCUAUUUAUCCAUGAAUUAUAUGUUCAAAAAUGAAAAUUAUGUACUUACUUUUCUUGUUUUUUUGUUGCUUUGUUUUGUUUUGUUUUUCUUCCAUAUUUUAGUGUAUAUUUUAAGAAGAUUGUAAAGGUUUGUUGAGGUGCUUGCCCUCACAUGGUGUGUGGAAAUUGUGAUAUUUCUUUUUCUAUGCAUGAACUUACAAAUUUCAAGCAA